GAUGCUGGUCCAGUCUCCCACUUCGCCUUCGUUGAAAUUUGUUGGGAAAACCGCCAAAUGCCCACAAACAACAAGCCCACUGCCGCUGCCAUUGAAGCCGAUGGCAAAAACAAGCUCAAGCUCCCUCACCUCCCUUCCCUUUUCACCGCCAAGGUAGCCCAUGACGCCGCCGUCGCCAUGACCAAGCUCUGCCGGAGGCUCGUCCGGUGGAGGCUCCUCGAACGAGUCUCCCUCGUUCGUCACUUCUUUCGCUUCGUAUGGGAUAGAGUUUUUGCGUGUUCUUCUGGAAAAACCCCUAAAAAAUACUGCCGCCUCUCCUCCCGCUCUCCGAUGACCGCCGUGGACGGUGGGUGUUCGUUGGAGCUGUCGAGGAUUAGCCAUGGAUUCGAUUCCGAUUCCGAUUUUGAUUCUUCUGAGAUGGUUUCUCUCAAGAUUAGCCUCUUGGGAGACUGCCAGAUUGGAAAAACAAGCUUCGUGAUCAAGUAUGUGGGGGAUGAACAGGAGAGAAAUAGCUUACAGAUGAGUGGAAUAAACCUAAUGAACAAGACAUUAAGUAUCCAAAAUGCUCUGAUUUCAUUCCGUAUCUGGGACGUUAAAGGUGAUAGCAGUUCACAAGAUCAACUUCCAUUAGCCUGCAAAGAUGCAGUAGCAAUCUUGUUCAUGUUCGAUCUAACAAGCCGACGAACUCUAAACAGUGUUGUUGAUUGGUAUACAGAAGCGAGGAAAUGGAACCAGACAGCCAUUCCCAUUCUGAUAGGAACCAAAUUUGAUGACUUUGUUAGACUCCCUCCAGAUUUGCAGUGGACAAUUGUGAGUCAGGCACGAGCUUAUGCAAGAGUUAUGAAGGCUACCCUAUUCUUCUCUAGCUCCAUUCACAACAUCAAUGUCAACAAGAUCUUUAAGUUCAUUGCCGCCAAGCUCUUCGAUGUCCCGUGGUCUGUUGAGCGUAAUCUCACUGUCGGUGAGCCGAUUAUCGACUUCUAACUUUCGUUAUACUCGACUUGACUCUGAUGUACAUACGAUACGACAGAAGGAAAGAAAGAAGACGAAGAACUAGAUUUUUUUGUUGUUUUUUCCCUGCAGGUUGAUUGAUCAGCUGUUGGGAUUGGUUAUCUGAAAUCUGUUUUUGUAACUUUUUGUUUUAAUCCAAAUGAAGGGAUUCUAAUUUCAAGGAA